UCAUCGAGGAAUUGAAUUGCGGACCCUUCUCUCUCUCUCUCUCUCUAAGAAAAAAAAAGCGCUCCAAUUGUGUGUUCAACCGCCAUUGAGUUGUAUCAUUAUGAAGAUAGAAAACGAGUAGUUGUAAAGAUGCAAACAGAAAAAGAAGAAAAUACCGUCUAUUUUCCACGGAAACAAGAAACCACUUUUUCUCAAGGUGAAAAUAGCUGGAGAAAAAUGCAGACCGGAGCUUCGUCACCCCUACUCACCAGAGACACUUCUUCUUCUACCACCAAAAAGAGAAACAACGUGGACUUAAAGAUUCGAAUACCUUCUACUACCUCAGAGACAACCCAUUCGUGGUCAAGUCCUAUAGGAGAAGGAAGACCAAGUUCCAGUAGAGUUGCGAGAGCAGUGAUAGAACCAGAUACAGGGGAAAGGAAGGCUGAUUCCAAGUCAGAACAAUAUGAAGGAUAUUGUGGCUCUCCUUACCUGUCUGAACUGGGGAGGUUGGGGUCAAGUACCGCUUUGCUUUCUUGGUCAAACGAUAGAACAACUGAACGUAAGACUGCAAGUGCAAAGGACUGGGAAGCCUACUCUCCUGUAUUGGCACAAGAACCAAAGGCUUAUUCCGCUUCUUACAUCUCAAAGGGAGGAAGAGCAAGAAGUCCGUUUCGUACAAACUCUACCUCCGAUUCUGUAGCUUUAACUGAUAGUGUGAACAACACAACUUUCGCUGUUAACAACGAUAUGGAAGUUAAAUACCGUUUAAAGGAUGAGGAAACUAAAGGUGGUGUAGAUAAAAUAGUGUCAGACGAAUCGGAGAGAAAUUGUUCAAAGAUGGUAUCUGUUUCCGCCUCAAAACAUCGAAGACAAGGUUCAGGAACCUCAAUCAGCAGUAGAAAAACAUUAACUGAACAUAGCCCUUUAUAUUAUAAUAAUGAAACAAGCAAUUUGGAUGAUUGGAUAGGUGUUGUUCAAGAAAGAAAGCGACAAGCCUCAGAAAUCAAGAGUGCUUUCGAUGAACUCGCCAGAGACCUGGACUAUUUUCGUAAAGCAAGAGAAGAGGAUGACUCGUACUUGAGUAUUGUCAGAGAGCGUUUAGAAAGUUUGGAUUUGGUUUCCUCAGAGAAAGCUACGCUUUGUGAGAAACUUAUGGAUGAAUUGGCGCAAAUGGAUGCGGAAAUGGCAAAACUUGAAGAAAAUGUAGCUGAAUAUGGCAAAGCUGCUGCAAGAGAAGAAACUCAGAGGUUAGGAGCUGCAAAAGCAAUGUCGUUAUUGGAAAAUCAUUUGAAAGCGUUAAAUGUUGCUAUAGAAGCAGAGACUACUCUUGCUGAUGCUUUGGAACGACGCUUGCAAGUAGCAAAGACGGGAAUUAGUUUAUUUUCUGGUCCUGAUGCGAAGCAACGUUAUGAAGUGGCAUUGAAGACCAUCGAAGAUGAUUCUGCUAGUCUCCGCUCUGCACAUGAACGCUGUAAUCAUGCCCGUGAGGAACUAAAAAGAUUGAAAGAACAAAAGGAUUUGAUAAUUCCUGUCAUUGAAAGAGCAGAACAAAUGAAAAAGGAAUAUCAGGAAGCGGAGUCGGAAGCUCAAUGCUUGGAACAAGAAGUUUUCAAGCUACGACAAGAGUUACAAACUCUAGACGAAAAUUUUGACUCCCUAGAUCGUGUUUUGGAGGAUUGUGAGUUCCGUAGUUCUCAAGCUACAAGUAGAAUUGCCACAGCGAGCAAGUUGAAGGAGAAGCUAGUGUCUGACUGUAGUUCUAAAGCGAAACUUUUAGAGGUUCUCAAAGAUCAAUGUGAAGAGAUUCGAUUCCAGGCCGUAAACAAAGAAAGCACUUUAUCACAAAUGGAAACUUUUAAUGCUCAUAUGGAAAGUGCUCUGGCUCAAGCAAAUGAAGUUAUUUCUGUUCUUUCAAAGGCUAUUGCGGAUUCUAAAAAUUCAAGUCGCAAUACAAGUACUAGUGCAAGCAAGACGGAAAGUAUAUCGAGUUCAGAUCGUGUUGCAACUUAUUCCCCAUAUAACUCUGCUGAUCCAACCAUUACCUCAAAGUCACAACGUAAGCGAAGACAAAGCCCUACAAAACCUCCUAAGCCGCCCAAGAGUUCGGAGGCACAGAGCCACAGUACUCAGGAGUCUGUAUUGGAGACAGAUGAUGUCUCCACGAAUCAACUCGAUAUAGAGUCGCCCUUAGUUCACGAAGGAGACGCGAAUACACAAGUUAAUACAACACGAAAGAAAGUUGAUGAUAGAGGCGGAACAGGAGCCGAUAUGCUUCGUUCAGUCGGUACUACCCGUAGUAUGAACGGUGUAUUUGAUCGUUUGGAGCCCUCAUCGUCACAUUACAAGUCUUCGUCAGCUCGAGAACAAGCAAGUGCUUCAGGUGCUAGUUCAUCCGUAAGAGGUUCUAUAGUAAAUACUGUUUCCUCAGACUGGGCAUAUCCUUUAAGCAGUACUACUAGAAAUGAUGAACAGCGUAAGCAGUCUUCAGUUACUUCUCCUCCCUACCCACCAGUAGAACAUGCAAGUGCUGCUAAAAAUGUUCAGGCGGUUGGGGAUGAAAUUUCGCAAUCUGCUCAGGAGGUCUCUUGGGAUCGUGUAUAUAUUCAUGGCGAAUUCUACAAUUCAAGAACACUUUUUGCCUCCCCUUUUGAAGAUAUUCGGGAAGCGGAGCUUUAUAUGGACAGAGACAGAGUAUCCAAUAAUGUGAUUAUUGGUUGGUAUCGUCUUCCUCGUGGAAGUAACAUGAUUGAUCGAACAGCUUUGCGUACUGUCGGAAUGCAAUAUGUAACAACUGCAGACGAUAUUGGUCACCGUUUGGUUGUAGAAAUUCAACUGAAAGAAUCCAGUAGAUACAACAAUCAUAUGAGCGAAGGAGAGCGACCCAAUGCAGUCACUGAUAUUAUUUCUACGGAUCCUGAAAUGGACAGAAAAGUGUCUCAGUGGAUAUCUGAAGGACAAAAGGCGUUUUUAGUGGAAGAUGAACUGACAGGAGAACGUCGAGGUAUAUUUUUGAGCUCCACUAAACUAAAAGUUCAGAAACAAACUAGUCAUGACCGAAAUAAUAUUAACGCAACAAAUACCAGCAGUAGUAGCAUAGUAGAGGAUGUGGGAGGUAUCUGGAUAACGGAGGAGAAGAAAAGCUGGGCAGCUGAUCCUGGUAUUCGUUUAGAUGAUAUGGAUCCUUUAAGUUUCCAACUCACACUGACACAUACUUUUGUAUUUCGAGCAGCAACUUCGGAACAGCGCGAUUUGAUUGCGAUUUGUAUUCGACGUUUUUAUAGUAGGUUUUUUGCUCUUCAACGUACUCGUAAGGUCAACUGUCAGUUUCAGUGACUGGAUUGUUCCGCUCCAUUGCGUAUU